AUGAAUAGAGAUAAAAAGAAUCAUGGAGAAGGGGAAGGAGAAGAUUAUAUCAACAAGAUACCAACUACAAUAGUAUUAAAUAUAAUCAACAGUGUAGAUGAUAAUGUAGAUUUGGUGUGUCUAUUGUUGACUUGUAAAAGAUUAUUCAACUUUACUACUACCAAUAAUCAUUAUCAAAACAAUCUAUCAUUUAAAAAGGUUGAUACACUGAAUGAUUUAGGUAGAUCAAGUCUCUACAACAACGCUACAUGUAAACAUCUUGGUUCAUUUAAAAGAAUGUUUGCAAAUACCUAUUCAGAUACUGUCAUUUUACCUAGAAAUACAAGAUAUCACUACACAUUAGAACUAUCUAAACUAUCAUCAGUCACUUUGUUGGAUCUUGGUCAACCGAUCAAUGAACCAUUACCGUCCAACUUUUUCCCACCAAAUCUCAAACACUUGGACAUUGAAUAUAGAAAAACUCAAGAGACAAUUGACCUUGGUAUUCUGCCCGACACUCUAAAUUCACUAAACAUUUCAGUAUCAAGUCGGGAGUUUGCCAAUGCAUUGCCAAGUGGACUUGAAAAGCUAGAAGUUCAAAGCUCAAGCGGCCACAAAUUUGGAAUAGAACCACAUUGCCUUGGAAUAGAUAAGCUUUCAUCUUUGAAAUCUCUCACUUCAUCAUAUCUCAAAGAGGAAAUGGGUAACGUCAAUUGUUCGCUUCCAAAAAGCUUGACAGAUCUUCACCUUGGUAUCAGUCAACUACCAUCACCGACAUACUUUUAUCCACUCACCCAGUUGGUACAUCUGUUUGUUUUUUUGUUUGAAACAAAACAAUUCAAUGAGUUGUAUCUUGACAAGCUUGUAUCUCUUGAGAAAUUUACAAUUGGUGCACAUUGUUCAAUAGACGUCUCAAAAAUCCAACUAGCUCCAAAUCUUUUAGUGUACCAUCAAAUUGGUGGCUCUCUGACCACACCAUCAACAGAAUUCUUUCCACCAACUCUCACAUCAUUGACUACCUAUUUUGGUGAAAAUGAUUAUACCAAUCUAUCAUUAUUAUCACGACUACCACAAUUGACAUUUCUAUCAAUUGAAUCUAAUGAAGAUAUACCAACUGGAUUCAUUCCACCAACUGUAAAGACACUUAAAAUUGAAAACAAAUCGGGCAGAAAAAUGAAGUUCCACAUUCCAGACAGUAUCGAGGCAUUAGUACUGGAAUCAAUCAUUCCAUAUCCAAAUUAUAUUGAGUAUGCUGGUGUUUCUCCAAUCCUUCCAAGUCAUUUACAAGAAUUCACAUGGAUCCCAAAUUGCAGUAAUGGUCGUCAAAUUCAAUACCCUCAAUUUAUCUACCCUCCUACCAUAAAAUCAAUUGAAUAUGGUCAACUACAUUUUCCAAACAAACAUAUCAUUCCACCAUCAGUCACUGAAUUCAAAUAUCUCGUUUCAAAAACCACAGUCUUUGACAGUAAAACAAAAAUUUACUCGAUUGGAAUUGAUGAUGGAUAUGUAUUCCCAUCGACUCUCAAAAAGCUCACUAUCAAGAUCAAUCGAUUUUAUGAUUAUUAUUGGAUAUUUAGAUUGGAUCAUAUUAUCAACGAAACAAAUAUUGAACAACUCACCUUGGAUUUGUUCCGUUUCCAAGUUGAUAUUCGUAGAUUGGAUAAUCAAAACAAAAAUGUAUUGAUUGUUGGUAAAUCACUUUUUGGUGGAAUCAUUUAUCAACAACAAAUUGAUCAACAAACUACCAUUAAUUCUGACAAUGGUGGUUCUGAAAAAUAUAGACCAAUCUAUCUUUGCUUUAAUAUUCCAUUAAACAAUUAUCCUAUUCCAAAACUAAAAUUCAAUCCUAUUCCUCUUGAUUAA